GUUGCUCCACUGCUUCUGACGGCGUCCUCAGAGGCUGAAGUGUCCUCAGGUUUUACUUGGAUUUACCCAGGAAUGGAUGGCCACACCAAGGCCAGAUUGCGGAAGUUCAGUGUCAGAGACACCAGGGGACCGACAGCUUCAAAAAGAAGACACUUGUUGAUAAUAUUUUGGCGAUCUUUUUUCAGAGAAACUUUUGGGAUGUAGCCUUCACCUGUUUACUGCAUUUGCCACCCAAACGCCAUUUGGAAAGCACCGUUCUAUAUUUAUCCUCUUCUGAAUCAUCACUUCUGAUAGAUGCAGUUGCCUUGUUUGCAUUGUGAUAUUUGGUUUUGUACAGUGUUCCUUGGGCUAACUUUUGAUAUUUUGCUUUUUGUUUAGAAUUUGAAAGUAGUAUUUAUUGAAAGGAGACACAAAGAAAAUACUUGAGGACAGCCAAAGCCGAAUUAGAGGAUAUAACGUGUUUUGUUUUCUUUAUUUUUUAAUUAGAAAAAUAAGGAAUUACAGUGUGAUUUUUUUUUUUCCCCUUUAACUUAGAGGAACAAGGAUUAUACAGAAAUUUGAAAGUCCAGCAUCUACACAGCCGUGAUCGCCAAGACUCCAAAGCAGCAGUUUGGAAUAAAACCUAACAGGCUUUUCACACGAUUCAUAAGAAGAAACGGUGGUACUCUUUCCACUCACCACAGACACACGUUUGCAGGCCCUUUUGCCCACUCGCCCCAAAGAUUUGAACAAGAAAAACUUAAGCCUUGCUGGAUUCCCGCGUCAAAGAAUAGUUCCAAGUUGCAGAAUUAAGAAAAAUCUUUGAACCAAAGAGGAAAGAAUUUUCAGACAUGAAAAGAAAAGAAAGAAUUGCCAGGCGCCUAGAAGGAAUUGAAACGGACACACAGCCCAUCCUCUUGCAGAGCUGCACGGGCUUAGUGAGUCAUCAUCUGCUGGAGGAGGACCUGCCCAGAUACACGCGCGCCACAGACCCAGCCAGUCCUCACAUCGGCCAAUCAAAUGAAGAGGAAGAAACUUUGGAUUCUUCCUUAGGAAAGCAGACUCGAUCCAAACACUGCACAGAAGCCUCGGGCAUCCAUGGUGACUCCCCCUACGGUUCCAGCAUCAUGGACACCCAGAGCCUAGAGUCCAAAGCCGAAAGGAUCGCCAGGUACAAAGCAGAGAGGAGACGGCAGCUGGCAGAAAGGUAUGGGCUCACCCUGGACCCGGAAGCCGACGCCGAAUCUCCGUCUCGAUACACGAAGUCCAGGAAGGACCCUGAGACUGCUGAGAAAAGGGGAGGAAAAAGUGACCGAUCUGCUGAGUCCAGCAAAGACUCGGGCGCUUGCUACUCCAGGACCGAGAUCCCGGGUCUCAGGAGCUGCAUGGCUGAGUCCCAGGACCAUGCCCUCCACCGGCGCGAUGGUGUUUCCGACACAGAGGUGCCGCUCGACGUAGAAAACCAAAGACGAGGUCAAGAGCCCAGUGCCACCGGGCCAGCCCAAGACCUGCCCCCCGCGGGGGAGGGCUCCUCAUCCUUCCCGUUCUCCGGGCGAGACUGCGCCCACGGUGAAGUGCCAAGGUCCCCAAAGCCAACGCGCAGCCUGCCCGGCCCGUCACCUGGGCAGCCGGCCUCUCCGAGCCACUCCACAGGUGACCUGCCGCUCCCCGCCGAGGCUCGAGCCAGUACCGGGAAACCCAAACAUGAGUGGUUUCUCCAGAAAGAUUCCGAAGGGGACACACCUUCACUUAUCAACUGGCCUUCCAGAGUUAAAGUUAGAGAAAAGCUGGUGAGAGAGGGGAGUGCUCGCAGCAGCCCUGAACUUGCCCCCGAGUCCUUAACUCAGAGGAGACACCAGCCAGUGCCAGGCCAUCACCUGGCCUUUCAGUCGGAGAACUCAGCCUUCAAUAGGGUCUCGGGCAAGGCGGCCAGCUCUGCACGACAGCCCAUCCACAGCUACGUCCAGCCGGCAGAUCUCAGUCACACCAUCACGCUGGCGGCCUCGGACACCCCAGAAAGCGUAUCCAGGUACAGCUGGGUGGGCUCAGCCACCCAGACUGUCACAAAGCCUCCCCCCUCGAAGGUUCUAGAAGGUGAGAGAGGAGAUACCCCGGUUCUCCAUAUUUGUGAAUCAAAAGCAGAGGACGACGUGCUCUUCUCUGAAGCUCUGGAGAAAAGCAGGAGAGCGCUUUUGGCUUUGGAGGAUCGUGGGCCCGGGAGAAGCCAGGAAGACCCCUCUGGAACCGAGGACUCGGGUAAGCCUGCUACUAGCACAGUCACCUCGGAACCUCAGAAGGAACCAGAAAGCCUGGCCCGCCCACCUCCAGCUCAGCAGCCCACGGAGAGGAUGGGCCGAAGCGAAAUGGUUGUGUAUGUUCAGAGCGAGUCUGUGUCCCAAGGUCACAAGAAGGAGGCGGAGCCCACGAGGAAGCACAAGGUCCUCACCCGCUCGCUCUCUGACUACACGGGCCCACCUCAGCUGCAGGCCCCGAAGGCCACGGCCCCGGCUUCCAGGCGAGACCCGGAGCUGCAGACAUCCAAGGCCGAGUCGGAGGUGGGCCUGCUGGACACGAAGGUCUCCGUCGCCCAGCUCCGCGAUGCGUUCCUGCAGUCAGCCAGGGCCAGCAAGAGACCCGAGCUCCAUUCACGGGUCGAGGGGUCAAGCGAAGGCGCUGGCUUGCCUACCAGCGUGGAACGGGAGAGAGGGUCCCGGAAACCAAGACGCUAUUUUUCUCCUGGUGAAAGUAGAAAGACUUGUGAGAGAUUUAGAACUCAACCCAUAACCUCAGCAGAACGAAAGGAAUCAGAUAGGUCAACUUCAAAUUCAGAAAUGCCAGCUGCCGAGGACGAAGAGAAGGUCGAUGAGCGAGCCAGGCUGAGCGUUGCUGCGAAGAGGCUGCUCUUCAGGGAAAUGGAAAAGUCAUUUGACGAGAAGAACGUUCCGAAGCGCCGCUCCAGGAACGCAGCCGUGGAGCAGAGGCUGCGACGUCUGCAGGACCGAUCCCACACGCAGCCCGUCACCACCGAGGAGGUGGUCAUUGCCGCCACCGAACAUACCCCUGCUUCGUGCUCUGUGGCCACCCACCCUGUAAUGACAAGACAUCCUAGUCCCACUGUAGCUAAGAGCCCCGGGCAGCCUGCCAGGUUGCAGGCGUCUGCUCACCAGAAGGCGUUAGCCAGAGACCAGGCAAAUGAGGGCAGAGAUUCUGCCGAGCAAGGAGAACCUGACCUCUCCACCCUGAGCUUAGCGGAGAAGUUGGCCUUGUUUAACAAACUGUCCCAGCCGGUCUCAAAAGCGAUUUCAACGCGGAACAGAUUAGACGUGAGACACAGGAGGAUGAAUGCUCGCUAUCAAACCCAGCCGGUCACGCUUGGGGAGGUGGAACAGGUGCAAAGUGGCAAGCUCAUCCCUUUCUGCCCCACUGUUAACACAUCUGUGUCCACCCCGGCAUCUACCGUCAGCCCCAUGUACGCCGGGAAUCUUCGGACAAAGCCACCGCUGGGUGACAGCGCCAGUGCCGCUGAGCAGAAGUUUCCUUCUUCGCUAGAAAGUUCGGACUCUCCAGUUAGAAGCAUCCUGAAGUCCCAAGCCUGGCAGUCUUUGGUAGAGGCUGGUGGGAGCAAAGGAAUGUCGAGAGAAUUUGAAGAGACGGAAAGCAAGGGAGUCUUGACAGGUGGAGAUGGUGGUGUUACAAAGUACGGGUCCCUCGAGGAAGCAGAGCCAUCCUACCCCAUGCUUAGCAGAGCCCGGGAAGGAGAUAGCCAUAAGGAACCCAUCUAUGCCGUUCCGAGAAAGGGAAGCCUGGAGCACGCCCGUCCUCCCAUGGCUCAGUUCGGUGACGAACCGAAGGAAUUUGCCACUGCACAAAGCACCGCACAGGGGAGCCCGGACUGGAAGGACAGGCAGCUCUUUGAAGAGAAGGUGGACGUGGAGAAUGUCACGAAGAGGAGGUUUUCGCUGAAAGAGCUCGGGGACUCCACCGCCGAGCGGACGGGCGCGGCCGCUCGCACCGCAGCCCCGGUGUCCUGGAGGCAGCGCGAGCCCGCCGGACCGCCGCGGGAGAAGCCCCGUCGGAGCCCGGGUGCGGAGUGUGCCGCUGAGGAGGCCAAAGCGCCGGCGGCCGAGGGCGGCCUCGACUCUCCCGGCAGAACCAUGUCCAUUAAAGAAAGAUUAGCACUGUUGAAGAAAAGUGGUGAGGAAGACUGGAGAAACAGACUUAACCGAAAGCAGGAGUAUGGCAAAGCGUCCGUCACCAGCAGCCUGCACACCCAAGAAGCGGGACAGUCACUCAAGAAGAAGGAACCUGUAUAUGCUUCUACUUAUUCUCCUGCUAUACCUGCUGCCCAUAAAUACCUGUCUUUUGUAUCUAUUAAUCAGCGGGUCACAGAAAGUCGAGAGAGCCAGAUGACGAUUGAAGAGAGGAAGCAGCUCAUCACCGUGAGAGAGGACGCCUGGAAGACCAGAGGCCGAGGGGCAGCCAACGACUCCACCCAGUUCACCGUGGCCGGCAGGAUGGUGAAGCGAGGUCUGGCGUCCCCCACUGCCAUCACCCCGGUAGCGUCCCCUAUCUGCAGUAGAACGAGGGGCACCACGCCAGUUUCCAGACCCCUGGAAGAUAUCGAAGCCAGACCAGACAUGCAGUUAGAAUCAGACCUCAAGUUGGACAGGCUGGAAACCUUUCUAAGAAGGCUGAAUAACAAAGUUGGCGGGAUGCAAGAAACGGUCCUCACUGUCACCGGGAAAUCCGUGAAAGAGGUGAUGAGGCCGGACGAUGAGGAAACCUUUGCCAGGUUCUACCGCAGCAUGGAUUCCGCUCUACCCAGAAGCCCCGUGGAGCUGGACGAGGACUUCGAUGUCAUUUUCGAUCCGUGUGCCCCCAAGCUGACGUCGUCUGUGGCGGAGCACAAGCGCGCGGUGAGGCCCAAGCGCCGGGUUCAGGCUUCCAAAAACCCCCUGAAGACGCUGGCAGCAAGGGAAGAUCUCCUCCAGGGAUACACGGAGCAGAGACUGAACGUGGCCUUCGUGGAGUCAAAGCGCAUGAAAGUAGAAAAGAUGUCCGCCAACUCCAGCUUCUCAGAAGUCACCCUGGCGGGAUUAGCCAGCAAAGAAAACUUCAGCAACGUCAGCCUGCGGAGCGUCAACCUGACGGAACAGAAUUCCAACAACAGCGCGGUGCCCUACAGAAAGCUGAUGCUGUUACAGGUUAAAGGAAGAAGACACGUGCAGACGCGGCUGGUGGAGCCUCGCGCUUCCUCCCUCAACAGCGGGGACUGCUCGCUCCUGCUGUCCCCCCACCACUGCUUCCUGUGGGUCGGAGAGUUUGCCAACGUCAUAGAGAAGGCGAAGGCCUCGGAACUCGCAAGUUUAAUUCAGACCAAGAGGGAACUUGGUUGUAGAGCUGCUUACAUCCAAACUGUCGAAGAAGGAAUUAAUACACACACUCAUGCAGCCAAAGACUUCUGGAAGCUUCUGGGUGGCCAGACCAGUUACCAGUCUGCCGGAGACCCAAAGGAAGAUGAGCUCUAUGAAACGGCCAUCAUAGAAACCAACUGCAUUUACCGACUAGUGGAUGACAAACUCGUCCCUGUUGACGACUACUGGGGGAAAAUUCCAAGGUGCUGCCUCCUGCAGUCACAAGAGGUACUGGUGUUUGAUUUUGGGAGCGAAGUUUACGUGUGGCACGGGAAAGAAGUCACAUUAGCACAACGGAAAAUAGCCUUUCAGCUGGCAAAGCACUUAUGGAACGGAACCUUUGACUACGAGAAUUGUGACAUCAACCCCCUGGACCCUGGAGAGUGCAAUCCGCUCAUUCCCAGAAAAGGACAGGGGCGGCCUGACUGGGCGAUAUUUGGGAGACUUACAGAACACAACGAGACGAUCUUGUUCAAAGAGAAAUUUCUCGAUUGGACGGAACUGAAGAGACCUCACGAGAAGAACGCCAGCGAACUUGCCCAGCACAAGGACGACCCGCGGGCGGAGGCCAAGGCUUACGACGUGACGCGGAUGGUGCCGGUGCCCCAGACGGCAGCCGGCACCGUGCUAGACGGGGUCGACGUGGGCCGGGGCUAUGGCCUGGUGCAAGGGGACGACCGCAGGCAGUUGGAGAUCGCCGGCGUGUCGGUGGACGUCUGGCACAUCCUGGAAUUCGACUACAGCAGGCUCCCCAAGCAGAGCAUUGGGCAGUUCCACGAGGGCGACGCCUACGUGGUCAAGUGGAAGUUGACCGUGAGCACGGCAGUGGGAAGUCGGCAGAAGGCGGAGCACCCGGUCAGGGUGACCGGUAAGGAGAAGUGUGUCUACUUCUUCUGGCAAGGCCGGCAGUCGACUGUGAGUGAGAAGGGCACGUCGGCUCUGAUGACGGUGCAGCUGGACGAGGAAAGGGGGGCCCAGGUCCAGGUCCUGCAGGGCAAGGAGCCCCCCUGUUUUCUGCAGUGUUUCCAGGGAGGGAUGGUGGUCCACUCCGGGAGACGGGAGGAGGAAGAAGAAAACGCACAAAGCGAGUGGAGGCUGUACUGUGUGCGCGGAGAAGUGCCCGUGGAAGGGAACUUGCUGGAGGUGGCCUGUCACUGCAGCAGCCUGAGGUCCAGGACGUCCAUGGUCGUCCUCAACGUCCACAAAGCCCUCAUCUACCUGUGGCACGGAUGCAAAGCCCAGGCCCACACGAAGGAGGUCGGAAGGACUGCGGCCAAUAAAAUCAAGGAACAAUGUCCCCUGGAGGCCGGGCUGCACAGCAGCAGCAAAGUGACAAUUCACGAGUGUGACGAAGGAGCGGAGCCCCUGGGGUUCUGGGACGCUCUGGGGAGGAGAGACCGGAAGGCCUACGACUGCAUGCUCCAAGAUCCUGGAAAUUUUAACUUCACACCCCGCCUGUUCAUCCUCAGCAGCUCCUCUGGCGAUUUCUCAGCCACGGAGUUCAUGUAUCCCGCCCGAGACCCCUCUGUGGUCAAUUCUAUGCCCUUCCUGCAGGAAGACCUGUACAGCGCCCCACAGCCAGCACUUUUCCUUGUUGACAACCACCACGAGGUGUACCUCUGGCAGGGCUGGUGGCCCGUGGAGAACAAGAUCACCGGCUCCGCCCGCAUCCGCUGGGCCUCGGACCGGAAGAGCGCCAUGGAGACGGUGCUGCAGUACUGCCGAGGAAAAAACCUCAAGAAGCCGCCCCCCAAGUCUUACCUCAUCCACGCCGGUCUGGAGCCCCUGACCUUCACCAACAUGUUUCCCAGCUGGGAGCACAGAGAAGACAUUGCAGAAAUCACAGAAAUGGACACGGAAGUUUCAAAUCAGAUCACCCUGGUGGAGGAUGUCUUAGCCAAGCUGUGUAAAACCAUUUAUCCACUGGCCGACCUCCUAGCCAGGCCCCUGCCCGAGGGAGUUGACCCUCUGAAGCUGGAGAUUUAUCUCACCGACGAGGAUUUCGAGUUUGCACUAGACAUGACCCGAGACGAAUACAGUGCACUGCCUGCCUGGAAGCAGGUGAACCUGAAGAAGGCAAAAGGUCUCUUCUGAGUCAUGAGAUGCUGGAGGAACCUCUGUUGUCACUUUCAAUACUGUUGGACCAGGAAAAUGGAUGUGGUGUUUUUUUGGAAGCGGGGUAUGGCUAGUCCUUUAAAAAAUAUUUUUUCAUCCGCGUUUUCGAAACCUGAAGCGACCAGCUCUCCUGCUUGUUUGGGAGUUGUGUAUUUUGUAAAUGUUCCAGAAAACUCUCUGGAAACACACCUUCCACGAUUCGGCAGAUGGUGUUCAUAAGGCAUCCGUAUCCCUUCGAGCACUUACGCGGUGGGUCCUCAGCAAAGGCCACGGCGCUGCCCUCCUGCUCCUGCUAAGCCGUUGCCUGUUAUUAUUAUUUUUUUGAAGCAGUUCCCUUUAUAAAGUGUUAUUUUGAUAGUUUGUGGAGUCUAAAUAUAUAUAUAUUUAUAUAAACACCGUAUAAAUCAAAUACGUAUUUAACAAAGCACUAUGUAUUCAUUCACUUUUAAGGUUUUUUCUUUGGUGUCAAAAUAAUAUUAAAAGGCAGUUGCUUCUGUUGAAUUAGUUCUGCCACCAACGUGCACCUUCACCCACGUUCAGAGGCGUCUCCUUCAGCGUUAAGUCUGACUCGUUCCGAGUGCUGCUUCCGGUGCUAAGAUGAACAAAGAAUUUAUACAUCCAGGCACAGGCUCUUAAGAAUCUGUGCAAAUCCACCUUUCUACCUUAAUAUCGCCCCCAAAUGUAUAGUGCCUUGUUUUAUGUACAGUUUAUAUACAGAAAAGUUUGCUCUGCAUUUUUUGACGAUGGUUUGGAACAUGAUCUACAAUUUUACUCUGAAAUGGUAGAAAUUUUAAAAAGAAUCCCAAUUUCUAAUACCUGUUGUAAAAAUUAAAUGUGUCAUUUGGCAAUGGAAGACUCCAAAAUAAAAGCUUCAGAAUAAACACGACUAUGAAUUGA